ACAUUUCUUGAUCACUAAAAUAAACUGACCCAAAUAUCAACCAUGGCCUGGAAUUUCACUAAAACUUCCCUCUUGCUCCUAAUUUCAAUUUUUACAAUUGCCAUAUCAAGAACAACAAUAGCAAGUGAUCCUAACAUCCUUUCAGAUUUCAUUGCCCCAGAAAAUCAAACCUCUGUUGAUGCCUAUUACUUCACAUACACCGCGAUGCGCGGUAUAUUUCAAAAAUCUAUUGAUACAGUUACUACAACAAAGGCUACAAAAGCAGAAUUUCCAGCUCUUAAUGGUCAAGGAGUGUCCCUAGCUGUACUUCAAUUCCCUCCGGGUUCUGUAAACCCGGCCCACUACCACUGUCGCGCUACUGGACUCUUUCUCCUUCUUGAAGGCGUUUUAGAAGUUGGUUUCGUCGAUACAAAGGAUGUUUUGUAUACCCAGAGACUAAAAGCAGGGGACAUUUUUCUUUUCCCUAAAGGACUACAACACUAUCAGUAUAAUUUUGAUCAUAAGAAAACAGCAGUUGGUGUAGCUGCUCUUGGUAGUGCAAGUCCUGGCACUGUUUCAUUGCCAUCCUCAAUUUUCAGUAGUGGAAUUAGUGAAUUGGUACUUGCUAAGUCAUUUAAGACUGAUGUUAAGACAAUUAAGAAGAUCAAAGCAGCAACAUCAACACCCUGAUGUCAAGGCUUUCUCCAGAUUGUCAAAGGCGUAUCCAGGAUUUAAAUUUAAUGCGUUCAAUUUUUAAGAUUCGUACCAUUGUAUUUAUUGUACUGUUAAAAGUAUGGAUUUAGAUUUAAUAUUUCUUCA